UUAGCAGGUUUCUUUUGUUUCCAAACGGUCCGGUUAUCACGGUGCACACUUGGUUAAGAAGAAGGGAUUUCAGCGAUGGAUGUCUCAAGCUUUCAUUCAUAACUGUUCUUCAAAGUGUAAAGAGAAAAGCUUGCUACCAUGCCCACUGUGGUUCUUAUGGACUCGUCGCUGUCCAUGACACGACCCGUGUCAGUGGAAGGCAGUGAAGAGAUUCAGAGAAAGAACCUGGCAGUUCAUGGACUGACCAUGCUGUUUGAACACAUGGCCACAAACUACAGACUGGAGUUCACUUCACUUGUCACCUUCUCCUCCCUCUGGGAGCUUAUGGUGCCCUUUACCAGAGACUACAAUACUCUGCAGGAAGCCUUGAAUAACCUUGAAGACUAUGAUAAAACCUGCCUAGAGGCUGCAUUGCAAGGUGUUAGUAAUAUAGUACAGCAGGAAUGGGGAACCUCUUGCCCAUGCCAGGUGGUACUGGUUACUGAUGGUGCACUUGGCAUUGGUCGUGGAUCUUUGCGUCAUUCCCUGCAAACAGUGAAACAACGUGUGGAGGACAAGAAAUUUCCACUGCCAUUCCCAUUCCCUUCCAAACUCUAUGUCAUGUGCAUUGCUAAUGCAGAAGAGCUCCAAGCUACGGAUAGCAUGGAUAACUGUGUUGGCAGUAAGCUGAUUGACCAGGCAUACUCUCCCUUCCAUGCGGUAAUGCGCUGUGGGAACCUGACCUCUGAUGUGCAGGUCUUUCCCAGGCCAGAGCCAGUGACCAUAGAUGAAGAAGUGGAUCCCAUGCCCAGAACAGUGCAAACAGAUUUGGAGAUUGUGGGUUUUAUUGAGAUUGGAGAUAUCUCCAGCCCCCCGGUUUUAUCCAGGCACCUGGUCCUUCCCAUUGCUGUGAACAAAGAGGGGGAUGAGAUCGGUACGGGGGCCACUGAUGACACAGAGGAAGAGACCCCAACAAAUCAGAUGGCUGGAAAGAGCCCAAACUUCUGUGUUCUUCUACAUGGCAGCCUAAAGGUGGAGGGGAUGGUGGCACUUGUACAACUAGGGCCAGACUGGUUCGGGAUGCUUUAUUCCCAGGCAGACAGUAAGAAGAAGUCCAAUCUAAUGAUGUCACUCUUUGAGCCUGGCUCAGAGCCUCUGCCCUGGUUAGGCAGAAUAUCACAGCUUGGCCCUGCCUCAGAUGCAGCUGAAAAUCCCUAUGGCGAAGAUGACAGUAAAAGUCCUUUUCCCAUACAGCCAAAAAACAAAAGAAGCUAUGCUCAGAAUGUUACCGUCUGGAUUAAAGCCAGUGGACUGCAGACGGAUGUACAGAAAAUUCUCCGUAAUGCAAGGAAACUGCCAGAAAAAACACAAACCUUCUAUAAGGAACUGAACCGUCUGCGGAAGGCCGCUCUCGCCUUUGGUUUCUGGGAGCUUUUAAAGAGUGUGGCUGAACUUCUGGAGAGGGAGUGUACACUGCUGCCUGACUCCGCCCAUCCCGAUGCUGCCUUCCAGCUCUCUCAUGCUGCUCAGCAGCUCAAACUGGCUAGUAGUGGAGACUCCAAAUAUGCAGCCUAUGAACACAAUAUCACCCCCAUGCUCACCGAUUUCUCAGGGGGAGGAGGAGCCGACAGAAUAUAGAGGAUUGAGGUACAAUGC